CGAAGUUUUUCACUUGAACUUUUUGACCAUUUUGCCAAUCUUCUACUUUAAAUGUUUAAACGUUGUAAAAGAUAUGAGAUGACGAAACAGCUGCGAACUUUGUGCUUUUGUUUUAUGGUUUUGCCACUGAUAUGAAGACGCCCAGUGCACUGACCAUUUCAUUCGGAUGUCCAAUGCGCCAUUAACGCGCUCCAACGUGUGUGAAGGAACAUGCUAAAAUAUUACAGUCUUUGCUAUUAAUGGCUCUGAUCUUUUAACUGCUAAAGUGUGUAGCAUUCUACAGUCAGUCAUGUCUAGGUAUCACAAAGCAGCGAUUGAUGGCUACUUGGACCUCUUGAAAGAGGCCACAAGGAAAGACCUCAACACUCCGGACGAAGAUGGAAUGACGCCAACGUUAUGGGCUGCUUUUCAUGGACAUAUUGAUGCCCUCCAACUCAUAUGUAGUAGAGGAGGGGAUCCUAACAGGAGUGACAUCUGGGGCAACACUCCUCUGCACCAUGCUGCCACCAACGGCCACAUGCACAUCCUCAGCUUCCUGGUCAACUUUGGUGCAAAUCUCUUCUCCUUGGACAAUGAUUUCCAUACGGCCAUGGACGUGGCUGCAUCACGUGACCGCAUGGACUGCGUGCGCUUCCUGGACUCAGCUGCCUCACAGCAGACCAGUCAGAACGCCAAGAAAGUGGCCCGACUGAAGCAGGAGGCCACCAAAGAGGCUGAGAGACGAGUGAAAGUCUGCGAGAAGGUCAAGAAGAAGCACCAGAUCAAGAUGGAUAAGAUGUACCGUGGAGUGGGCAGUGGAGGGUCUGUCUCUGAAGCCGGCGUAGCUUCAUUCUCCAACACGGGAACCAUUAACAGCGUCAACGAGCAGUUCUCCAAGCUCAUUGCUGCAGACACCUCAGGGUCCCUCACAGCCAGAGUAAAGGGGACCCUCCAACGGAAGUUUGGUAAGAAAGAGAAAGGGGGAACAGAGAGGGCUGGAGGAGACGGGAACGUAAUCUUCGUCAAGCAGGAGAACGGUACUGCAGGGAAGCCAGAGUUCAUGGGUGUCUUCAGCGAGCAAGACGAGAUUGAGGCAAAUGACGACACAAGAGAAAGUAUGGGAGGCUUUGAAGAUGAUGAUGUCGAAGAUGGAGACUGGUCUAGCCAAACCAAGGAGUCUAUCUUUAAACGUCCAGGUCUGGGAAACAUGGUCUUCAGGAAAAACUUCUCCAUGGAAAUGGGGUUGGAACCAGACGACUUCCCUAGCAGAGACACAGAGGACCUGGGCUACCUCAUCCGCGAGGAGGUGUUUGAGUCGGAAGUAGUUGACAGCAGUUUGGGGGAUGAUGCUGAAGAUGCCGAUCUGCCCUGGAACCAGGAGGAACUGGGUUUGGAUGAUGAGGAGGAUGAGGACACUUUUCCUCUAGAUGCCUUUCUGUCUGCCCUUUCCCUGCCAGACUUUGCCCCUGCAUUCACCAGGGAGCAGCUAGAUCUGGAGGCCCUCAUGCUCUGCACUGAUGAUGACCUCAAGGGCAUCCGCAUCCAGCUGGGACCCAGGAAGAAGAUUCUGGAAGCUGCUGCUCGAAGGAAGAAUGCUCUGCAGAAGCCUGGCAUCAUGAAGGACAGUUUCCUGUAAUGAGUGCCUAUGCUUGUGAAAUGAAAAGUUAAAAGUUUAUGUAAUACAGAGAUAAUAUAGUAUAACGUUUCUUUGGUGUUUAAAGGGAAUGCUCACUCUAUUUUUAGAAUAUAUUUAUUUUCCAACUCA